CCCCCCCAAAACCCUUUCCAACAGACCGAUCGCACUUUCGAGUCGCGAUCACCCCCGUCGUCAAGACGUUCUCCAACCUCCUCAACUCGGUCCAUCACCCGUUCGCAGGAGGCCGCCGUUCUACCGCUCCCGGGAGAUCAGCGGACUCGGCCUUCGAUCAUUAAAAGAGAAACCCGCGUGGUAACUCGCCAAAUAGCUACUUAAAUUUCUCAACCUACUUCUCUUUUUUAUCGAACCGGCCACGCCCGCACUCCUUACAAGUCAAGUCAACAUGGCUCCCCACGCUGACUCGGGCUCCCUGAACGGAGAUGGACCUGCCAACGGCCACAACGGCACCGCCGCCGCCGCCCGCUCGGAUCUUUUCACGGUGAACUCGGCUAAUGUCACCUACUCGGAGACGGAUAUCCUGUCCAAGUACACGUACCGCACCACCGACGUCACCAAGGACGACAGCGGCAAGUAUGUCGCCACACCCAAGGAGACGGUGUACGAGUUCAAGACGGACCGCAAGGUUCCCAAGCUCGGCAUGAUGCUUGUCGGCUUGGGCGGAAACAACGGCACCACGGUCACGGCCGGCAUCAUCGCCAACCGUCGCAACCUCGCCUGGGAGACGAAGGAGGGCACCCGCGCCGCCAACUACUACGGGUCGGUCAUCAUGGGCUCGACCAUCAAGCUCGGCACCGACGCCAAGAGCCGGAGGGAGGUGAACAUCCCGUUCCACGACAUCCUGCCCAUGGUGCACCCCAACGACCUGGUCAUCGGCGGCUGGGACAUCAGCAAGAUGAACCUGGCCGAGGCCAUGGACCGCGCGCAGGUGCUCGAGCCGACGCUCAAGCAGCUGGUCCGCAAGGAGAUGGCGUCCAUGGUGCCCCUGCCCAGCAUCUACUACCCUGACUUUAUCGCGGCCAACCAGGAGGACCGCGCCGACAACGUGCUCCCCGGCAGCAAGGCGUCGUGGGACCACGUCGAGCAGAUCCGCAAGGACAUCCGCGACUUCAAGGCGGCGAACGGGCUGGACAAGGUGAUCGUGCAGUGGACGGCCAACACGGAGCGGUAUGCCGACAUCAUCCCGGGGGUCAACGACACGGCGGACAACCUGGUGCGGGCGAUCAAGGAGGGCCACGAGGAGGUGUCGCCGUCGACGGUGUUCUCGGUGGCGUGCACGCUGGAGGGCGUGGUGUUCAUCAACGGGUCGCCGCAGAACACGUUCGUGCCGGGGGCGAUCGAGCUGGCGGAGCGGCACGGCGCGUUCGUGGGCGGCGACGACUUCAAGUCCGGGCAGACCAAGAUGAAGUCGGCGCUGGUGGACUUUUUGAUUAAUGCCGGCAUCAAGCUGACGUCGAUUGCGAGCUACAACCACCUCGGCAACAACGACGGCAAGAACCUGAGCUCGCAGAAGCAGUUCCGGUCCAAGGAGAUCUCCAAGUCCAACGUGGUCGACGACAUGGUCGAGGCCAACACGGUGCUGUACGAGGAGGGCGAGCACCCGGACCAUUGCGUCGUCAUCAAGUACAUGCCGGCGGUGGGCGACGACAAGCGCGCGCUGGACGAGUACUACGCCGAGAUCUUCAUGGGCGGGCACCAGACCAUUUCCAUCUUCAACGUGUGCGAGGACUCGCUGCUGGCGUCGCCGCUCAUUAUUGACCUUGUUCUCAUCGCCGAGCUGAUGACGCGCAUCCAGUGGCGCACCCAGGCCGACGGCGACUUUAAGAGCUUCCACAGUGUGCUCAGCGUGCUUAGCUACAUGCUCAAGGCGCCCCUGACGCCGCCUGGGACGCCCGUGAUCAACGCGCUCGGCAAGCAGCGGGCGGCGCUGAUUAACAUCUUCCGGGCUUGUGUCGGUCUCGAGCCUGAGAAUGACAUGACCCUCGAGCACAAGCUGUUCUAAACUGACUGCGG